GGGCAAAAUUGGGAAAGUCAAUGUUUGUUUGCACAACAUGCACUGUGCAACUUCCUCAGCCAAGAGAAAUACCGAUCGUUGACUCGAAAAGUAAUGAAUUUGCCUUUUGUGCUUGAAGGUACAAGUUGUGUGUCAAGAUAGGUCAUGUUUUUCAUAUACAUGACCGCUUUUAUUGGGCUUGUCUUCACGUGGUGGUACAAAAAUUACACGCAACCCAAGGGUUUUCCCAAUGGUCCCAAUUUGGCCUUACCCUUCAUAGGCCAUGGCUACAAACUGGGCUCCAAUGUCGUGGAAAGCUACCACAAAUUUCGAGGAAAAUAUGGGGACAUCUUUGGACUCUUCUUGGGUCCAUCUAGAAUCGUUGUUUUGAACGACUUUGAUUCCAUUCAAGAAUCAGGCUUUCAUGACGAUUUCUCGGACAGGCCCAAAUUUUUACCAGGAAUUAAAGGCACUUUGUCGGAUGGAGGCGAACCUGGUGUGAUAUUUUCCAACGGCAAACACUGGUCCGAACAAAGGCGUUUUGCCUUGCGAACAUUGAGAGAUUUUGGUUUUGGCAAGCUAAAGAUGGAAGAAGUUAUUGACGAGCAAGUCAACCAAUUGUGCUCCGCUUUAGAGGGUAUACGCGGUCAACCCAUGAGCGUGUUUGGUGUAUUCAAUACAUCUGUUGUGAAUGCUCUUUGGACCAUAACCACAGGGCAAGGAGUGUGUGCAAAUGAUCCCAGGAUUCAGAGAAUUACACAACUGCUAAACGAAUUUGACGAGUCCUCAGCUUCGCCGUGGGUUCUUGCAGCGCUCUUGUUUCCCAAUAUUGAAAGUAUUCUAUCUAAAAUGGGCUUGUGUCAGCUUCAAUUUAAAACGGCCCUUUAUGAAAUUAGAAACGUUUGCAAGCGCCCCAUUUUAGAACACGAGGAGACCUUUGAUCCCAACAACUUGAGAGAUUUCAUCGACGCCCAUAUUCAGAAGCAACGAGAGCCGAAUUCAGGUAUCAGCUUCCAAGGCAACGAUGGAAAAUUAAAUCUGCAAGUCGUCACAGAAGACCUCUUUGCUGCCGGAAGUUCGACGGUUAGCUUGACUCUGACUUGGGCAGUGCUUUUUUUAGCCAACCAUUCAGAUGUUCAGACAAAGAUUCAAGAAGAGCUGAAGGCAGUCACAGGAGGCAAUCGAAUUCCAACCAACUCGGAGCGACAAAACAUGCCCUUCACCGAAGCCACCAUUCAUGAGAUUCAAAGAUUGAGUAACAUUGUUCCAAACUCUGUGCCAAGAGAAGCUCGCAAGGACACUCAUUUUAGAGGCUACUUCAUCCCGAAAGGCACCCAAAUCUUCCCCAACCUUGGCGAAGUUCUGAUGGACCCCCAGCACUUCUCAAACCCCAAGAAGUUCCACCCGGGUCGCUUCCUUGAUGAAAAUGGGAAAUUUGUGCCCAGUCCGUAUGUGAUCCCUUUUGGGUUGGGCAAGAGACGAUGCCUGGGCGAGACUUUGGCCAGAGUUGAGCUCUUCAAAUUCUUUACUGGAAUUGUCGAUCACUUCAAGGUUGAAAGGCCCAGUAAGGAUUUGCUCAGCGAAGAUCGGUCCCCAUUAUCAGCCAACCGGCCCAAUCACUUUGAAGUUUGUUUUGUUACACGUACGUAACUACCCACAUGAUAUUUGUCUCGAAUGGCAAGCAUUGAACCCAGACUUGGCCCCAAAUCUCCUAAAUGUGAAACCAAUUGUCGGCACAAUAAUCUAAAAAAAAGUCCGAUGAGACCUACUCUCGCAAUAAAGGAUAUUUUAUUUGAUGAAACAA